UGGUGGUGGUGUUUCUGGUCAGAAAAGCGGCGUUAUCUCUUAGUCGAAGCACAAUUGGACCUUGCCGUACAAGAGCCGCGUCACAACGAUGGCGUAUGUUUAGAUAAAGGACUCUAAAAUCGCUGAACGUUUCUAUCAAACGAUGGACCGCCCUGCUAGCUAAAGCAAUUGUUAGCCAGCCAGCUGCGCUGAAAUGGGCGUUCACUGCUUAGCUCGUACUCAGGUGGGGGGGCCACGCCAGUGGCAGCAUCGGGCUUUUCCCUCGAGUUUAAAAUCCACGAAGAAUUAACGCACAAGGCUAUCCUCGGGGCGUCUCUCUUUAUUAUCAACAUUUGUCGUGACGGAGUGGUUGCGUUGCAGUUGAUGCGCAAUAGUAAUGCAUGGUGAUGUUGUUAGCUGAAGGCAUGUUAGCUCGCUAAACGGAUACUCGGCUGAUGUGUGAGGGGGGAAAAACUGGACUAGCCGGCCAGCUUGCAUGGGAACGACUUGGAGACGGCUCGGAAGAAUCACGCAAUCAUGAAUGUGUCUUCAAGAUGAGUGACCUUGAACUCUGCACACACUGAAACCAAGGGAAUGGAAUAGACACAACUCUGCAUUAACAGAGCGUGAAGAAAAAGCUGCUCCUGACCUCAUCUCGCACGACUUAGGCCUAUUUAUCUGGAAACAAGUCAGGCUUUGAGCCAAUACCAGAGAUGCCUGUAAGAAGGCAUCCCUACAGGCUGCAGCCUAGCUACGCCAACUGAAAGUACCAGACAACUGCAUCUCUUGUUUAAAAGGAUGUGCUGCUGAUUGGACAGUCUCAUUCCUCUUCCACCUCUCCAAAACGUUAUUAACGUUGAGUGUGUGCCAGCGAGCACAGUGAAUUAUGGUGACCAAAAAUGGUGCUUGAAUGUGGCCUCCUGGUGCAGGGUAUGCUAAAAGGGGCGAGGCUCUCUCAGAAAAGUAUAACAGCUGACUGAUAGUCUGCUGUCGAAAAUGGAUGCCAAGUUAAAAGAGGACCUGUUUCGGAGGUAUGUGACGGCACUGGAGAGGCGUCUGGAGGAGGAAUACACAUGGAAUGGGACUGCACCGGAGGGGGACAAAGGGAGACACAAAGACAGUGAGGCUCUUCUCUCUACAGCCACAGCUCUGCUAGGGGCCUACCAGCCAGAUCCGGGGCAACGUUUUCGGAUGGUACGUUUCUAUGAAGUGGUGGAGAAUUCUCUCCGCUGCCAGAGAGGGGGCAACCUGAAGAGCCUGGAGAGAGCCUUCCACACGUUGGAGACCAUCUGCACGAACCUCUUGCUCUUCCCCUGGAAGAAGGAGUUCAGAUGUAUAAAGACCUUCACUGGCCCUUACGUGUACCAUCUGCAGUCUGCCAUUUCUGAUGCUGAACUCCGAUCCCUAAUGCGCACCAUCGGUUACGCCUGUGACCAUGAUUCGCAGUUCCAUUUGCAGGAGCACCCAGGAGGCACAAAUCAUCUCCGCCAGUUGGCAUUUGAGCUCUUCCUGGCCCAGGCAGAGUGUCGUCUACUGGGAGAGGUAGUGGCUCUGGCCCGUGGUUCAGCCUCAGAGCUGGAGGCCCUGGAACUCCGCAGAGGCUGCAGAGAUGAUGCAGCUGGCUGUGCCGAGGCACUUCGCAGACGCGACAGCCUUGGGGCAGAUAUGGCUCGGCUGUCCGUGCGGCCUUUGGAUAUAGAGAGGCCUCAUGCCCACCACCUGAGGCGAGGUAGCCGACCGUCUAAGUCUGUGGAUGUUACAGAUGGGGCUGGUCACUGGCACGCAGCAGUUAGCAAGCCCGUCUUGAAGGCCUCAUUGAGUUUGAGGAAGGAGCCUCUGUUUGUGGAUGCAGAGGAGGAUAUGAAGGAUGAGAUCAUCAGGCCCAGCACCUCAGCAUCUCUCUUCUCUGUGGCAGCUCCACCUUCCUUUAGUCCUAUUGCGGAUUUCUUCCCAAUUCAGUCACCUCCCCCGGCUGAUGCUUACACAUCCUACCACCUGUCCUCUUUGGAUGAGAUUGACUUGUACACUGAAAGGGGUGGUGCUGGGACAGGAGGAAAGCAGACCUCCUCGCGACCUCCAUCCAGAGAGCCUCGAGAGGCAAGGGAUGGAUGGCUGCUCAAAGGUCACGGCAGUGUGAAGUGUCAGGGCUGUGGGCUGGGCUGCACCUCCAUGGCCUCCUGCCAGAGGUGUGACAUGAUCCUCUGUUCUGCCUGUCAUGAUGUGGACCCCUCGCCUUGCUGUGGCCUCCAGGACUACCACCCAAAAUCCCCACGACCCCUCGAUGGAUACAUUCCUGUUAAGGAAAAGCUCUCUGUCUACUCUAACACUCACUCCCACUCCCAUCUCCAUCCGCACCCCCUCACGCUGACCCACUCACACUCCCACCCUCACCCUCACCCCCAGAUGGUGGAGAAACCCCUCAUGUCCACUAAGCUGUUUCCAAGCAAGUCUGUUGCCUUGACAACGCCAAAGGGAGGCAGCAGCGAGAGAUUAAGCAUGGGGGGAUCGCGAUGUGGGUUUUGCAACAAGCCAGGUGCAUCACACACCUGCGUGAACUGCUCUAAGGUGUCAUGUGACUCAUGCAUGGGCUUGUAUGCAAAGGAUAUAUGCACACGAAAGAAUCCCCAGCACAGCUUUGUGCCCAACCAUCAGCUCAACUUCAAAUCUGGCACCAUAACUCACCUGGUGUACCGAUGAAUCAGGCAGACAGAAUAGUUGUUUCUCCCUUCUAGUCCCCUCCUCUAACUCGCUGCACAGUCUUGCAGUUUUGCUUUAGCUCUGUUCCCAUUUUAAACAACUCAUUCACCAUCUUCCCCUUUUAUCUGGUCUUUAUCGCUCUCUCUGACCCACUCUUGAACUUUGUACAUUUUCUCUUACUGUCAGUAGGGCCCUGGAAUGCACAUGCCACAGAGAGCCAUAUCGUCUGCCCAUCUCUCUGCCUUGUACAAGUUCAGGCCUUUUUAUCUAUUUCUUCUUCCUUUUACCUUGCUACCUGCUCUUGAGUAGUCAUGUGAUGUUGUAGCGCUUUCCAAAUUCCUCAAAUUUUGUCCUCCUUAAAAGGGAAACUGGAGAAAAAGUUUAAUUCCUUCUCAUUUUGAAUGAAUUCUGUCCAAAUGAACAUAUAUACUUUGCCUAACUUCUCAGCUCAAAAUUCCUCUAAUAUAUAAAUAUAUAUAUAUAUAUAAAUAUAUAUUACAGUAUAUACUGUAUGGGAGUGUGUGAGUGAUAUGUGUUGUGUGUUGUGAGAGUGUGUGUAGAAAAGACCUCCGAGCUUGCAUUGUGACAAAGGAGAUCUUUUUAAACUUGAAAAAUAGUAGGAAAAACAGAAAACAUACACUGGAAGUCAAUAGUCAAUAGUAUAUAUUUUUAAUCUCUAUUCUCUAGAACAUGUGAGACUGUUAAAUGGGCAUGAAGUCUGUCAUUGGAUUUCUGGGGUAUAAACUAAUGUUUGUGGGCGUGGGGGUGGGAGGUAUCUCAAGGGGGGAAAUAUUGAGACAAUGGUCAGAUGCCACAUAUAUUCUAUUUAAAAGAUUAUGCCUUGUAAAGUAACCCUCAAUUGUUUCUGGUUAUAUGACUGAGGUUUAAUGUGCUGUUGACUUGAGACAUUGAAGACGUGUGGGCGUUGACUUCUUUCUGGUAAAUAGCCUGUUGGUUGUGUCAGUUCCAAGCCCCAACCCCCCCAAAGCCCCCCAGCCCCCACCUCAUCCCCUUUUCAUUACACUCCUUAAGCCACCAUGGUCCAUGAUGUUGUAGUGCACCCUUACCAGAUCAGUGGUUCCCUGUCAGUCUCAGGUGGAGUGGCAGGAAGUCUCACGCUGGGCCACAAAUCAAGUGAUUACAGUUCUUUGACAGUGUGUGAACUUGUUGAUUGGUUUUAGACAGUAUGAAAGUGUAUAUCCCAACACGGUUUCUGUCUACCUCAAAUGGCUUCAGCUUGUGCACCCAGUUCGACAUUGUGGUUUCAGACUAGCCCUAAAAAAACAACAACAACUAAGAAAUACUCUUUAUUACAUUACUGUUCUCUAGUUUGUAUUUUGGCUGAACAGAAAACAUCUCCUCUUACAAUCAGCCGAUUCAGUCACUUUUAAAGGUUAGCAGAGGUUAUUUAUUUUGUGACAUAAUCCCGGGCUUUGUCUUCUGAAGAAUAAUAUUAAUAAUAAUAAUGAUAAUACUAAUAAUAAUGCAAAUACAAGGUUUUCUGCCUUGUGGCUGUUUAUAGUGCCUGUAUAUACAAGGGGUGGAUGGGCACAAAAACAAGAACACUAUUAAAUUAUACUGCAAUUGAAGACAAUAAGCCUUGUGACAAAUAUUACCAUUGUGAAGCUAAAACUGUUAAAUUUGGUGCUGGUUUAUUCUGAUUCAUUUUUGGGGCAGUGUGCUGGAUCACAUUGUUCUGUAAGUUUCUGUUCUUCCCAUCGAGAAGACAGAAACCACACAUAAUAUGUUCAGUACAAGACCGUCACAGAUGAUUGACUCAAAAAUGACUAAGGAGUUGAAUCUACACCUCUAUGACACAGAUAAUAACAUUUUAGCUUUACAAAGGUUGUAUUUAUCAAAUUGGUAUCGCUCUCUAUAUCACGUCAUGUGUAAACUCUGCUAACGUAAAUUUCCAGUGUCCCUUUGGUGAUUAGGUUUUGACUCUCCAUGCAAGAGCAUAACUUAAUGCAGUAUAUUGUAGUUGAUAGUCACUAAGGGCUAAUUUAAAAUCACGUUUCAUUUCUAAGAAAAAAAAAAGUGAAUCUGGGUUAGUUUGACAGACCAUUGAGGCAACCAUGGCCUUUAUGUUCUGUUAGGAAUAACCUCUAAAUGCCUUAAGCUCAUUCAGCUAUCUUAUCGUGGAGUAUUUCUAAGUUUUCAGUGUCAUUUACAUUGUUUUGUGUUUUACUAGCUUGUAGGUUAAACAUUAAUAUGGUUUUUCAAGGCCACAUGAACUAAAUAAAUGGCUUGUUUUCUGACAGCUAAGGAAGGAAUUCAGAGUAAUUAAAAAAAUACACACAAGUAUGGAUUAACCUUCUCACAGGGUGACUAAGAUGGAGCAUAUUAAACCAUGCAGACUAACAGAAUUAUGCAGCAAUUCAAACUUUGUAGACCAAUACACAUUAUGUACUUACAGGGGUUAAUGUCUGUAAUAAUGACCAUGUUUUGCCUGGAAGUUAAAUUUCAUAUUUUGUUUUGCACGUGUUUCAUGUGAGUCAUGUCUGACCUCACACUUGUGUUCAUUCCUUCCCUUUGAAGCUGAGUUUUGUGUCUUUUUAUCAUGUUCAAUAACAAAGAAGGGAUGUUCUGAUACCGUUUGGAUGUAGCUUAAGGGUUCUUUGAGAGAUCCUCUUGGGUUGACAUCAGCUAACUUGGGUAGAACAAAAGUCUUGAGUGACCUUAGGGGAGGUGUGCAAUUUUUGUUUUCAUCUAAUGAAGCUGUUAGUUUGAAUAUAUAUCAUAGAUAUAUUUCAGUUGCUCGAUUCUCUGCAUCACCAAUCAUACCAGCAACAAAGAUGACUUUCUGAAGUAUUGAGCCAUGUUGCAAGAGUGAUCAUAUUGCCAAAUGAAGAACAAAUAUCUUAUUGGAGUAGGAAAAAAAAUCCUGUUGCGUGCCCGAAUGUACAGUAAAUGUAACAUAAAUCUGUGGUUUUGCUCAAGUUUAGGCUUGUGUCUGUGGGUGUUGGCCUUUUUAUGAAGCCUAGAAAGAGAAUCAUCAACAUAGAUACCUACUCGCACACCAUGGGACGUGGAUUUGACUCAGAUGAGCGGACUGAUAACUUGUGUAGGUCACUACAAAGGGCUAAACAGUCUCGACGGCUGCUGCUAAAGUUUGUGGGCACUGUUUUAAUCUUGUCACAGGUAAAUAUCUGAUGUGGAGCUUACUUAACACUCAUCAGUGGGUAUGAGUUACUGAUGUUGGGGGGGAGGGGAACAAAAAGAGCUAUUUUUAUUUUGUGUCAUGGAAUACAUUGAGCCAUUUGAACAUGAUUGGUUUAACCCACACCAGACACACUCAAGUCAUUGUGGAAGUCAAUACUCCCUUUACCUCUUUGUGUGGUUAUCUUAAUGAUGUUAACAGUGGUGGUGGUGUAGUUAGGCAGCCCCUUUACCAUUCCCUAUUCCCCUAACCCCUUCUUGGCAUGCUCUGUACAAGGCCCAAACCCCCCAUACCUCUUCUCCCUCAAACCUACAUGUACCCUCACCCACCGUCUCCCCUCUCUCUUCCCUCCUUCCACCUUGGCACUGAGGAUCAUUGCACAAUGUCUAUGUGAAGGGGUAUGGACCUUACGAUCAAUAUGUGGGCAUACAUGGGGGUGGAAAGGGAAAAUAGCCAAAAUUGUUAAUUGGUGAAUAUAUAUAUC